GCUACGUACUCUAUAUAAAAUCAACCCUUUUGAUUAUAUUACCUAUUUGUUUUUAAUUAUCAGGAUCUUUACCGAGGACGUGGGAUUUGCCUUCCAGAUCGAUGUAGCCGUAACGUCCUGUGACAAACGUAAAGAACUUGGCGAUGGAGCAGCAACGACGUCCAGAUGAAAAAGACCACAUGUUGACAUUAGCAACGAGAAAAUGCUUGUUUCGUUUGUUGUCGUUUCUUGACAGUCAACUGCCGGAUUUUUCUGCGAUUCAUUCCUUUGUGCAUGCGGCUCUAAUUACAGCCAAUCCAUCUUAUCAAGUUUACUUUCGGCAGCAGCGAUUUUCGACUACACCGUCGACCGAUUUGGAAGAGGAUGACUAUUCCCUUAUAAUCGGAAUUAGACUAGAACAUUUUAUGGAUGCUAAUCAGCAAUUGAAGAAAUUUUGGAAUUUGACUCCAUGGACAUUGGAUGAUGAAAAGCACGAAAGGGAAAUGGCCAGCGCUUUUGAGGAACUUGAUAUGAUCGACUGGAACUCGGAUAUUUUUGCCAUGCGCUACAGGCAUCAUACUCCGCCCCCUGCUGUAACGAAUUUUCUUAUCGAGAAACAAGGACCAGGAUUAGAAAACAAACGCAAUUACCCAUGCAAUCAAUAUUAUUUGCCUAAGGAGGAUGCCUUGAGUAUUAAAACCGGUGAAAUAGACGGCGUCUACGUCAAGAGCCUAGAACGAUGUAAUGCACAGACGGUUUAUGAUCAUUGGCCUUACAGAGGACAUGCAACUAUAGACAAUGUUUCCGACGAAAUUGAGCAACUACCUUCGGCUGGCGUCUUUUUGAAAGAGAACGACCAACUGGUGUCGUGGAUAACUUGCCAUCCACCCAACGGAAUGAGUCGACUUCACACGCUGGGGGAACACCGUCAUCGAGGAUAUGCAGGUCUCGUAACCAAGUAUCUUUCAAAGCGAGUUGCCCAGUCCGGUUUGGUUCCAUUUGUCAACAUCGUUGUUGAAAACGAAGCGUCACACAAGUUUUUCGAGAGUGUGGGAUUCAAACUGCUCAGCCCUAUCCACAUUAGGAUAACAUCUCACGAUUCCUAACGACAUUAUUCCAGCUGUACUUCAUAGUUUUACGAAAUAAAAAUGAGAAACUGGAAAGAUAUUUCCUUCCUUUAGCCAAGUUCUCCUUCCGGCGAGCUCCAGUUCUCAGAAUGGUAAUAACGACCCCUGCUCUAAAGUUCAUUUCUCAAUGUCCGCUAUACGUUUAGGCACAGCUGUCUACCAGAGCUUUCGACUAGUGGUGGAGGGAUCAAUAUCUCACAUCUGGAGCAAAGUGUUUUAUGCGUUUCUGUCAGUCGGUCACUUCUUUAGUGGUCGUAAAGUGAGGAAUUCAGUUAAAAGUUUAAUCGAUGGAGAAGAAAUCAAAUCCUCUGGAAGGCGAUCAGUUGCAGUUGGCAAACAGAAAAUGUUUGCUUCAAUUGCUGUCGUUUCUUGACAGCAAACUGCCAGAGUCUUGUGCGGUUCAUUCGCUGGUGAAUGCGGCAGUUUCAACAGAAAAUCCUGCAUAUCGCGUCUAUUUUCGACGACAACAUGUUUCAACCACCUCGACGUCUUUGGAGGACGAAUUUUCUUUAGUUGUCGCGAUUGGGAUGGAGCGUUUUAUCAACUCGAGACAAGAAACCAAGAAAAGCUGGUUUUUGUCUGCGUGGACUAACGAGGAUGACGGAAUGCUAGCGGAUGCUUAUGAGGCCAUUGAUAUAAUAGACUGGAGCUUAGAUAUUGUUGUCAUGCACCAUAAGAACCAUGCACCACACCCUACAAUUAGUCAUUUUAUUGCUAGUAAACAAACAAUGGGUCAUUGUUAUCCGUGUGAUCAGUACGUUUUAUCUAGGAAGAACGCCGUACAUCUCCACAUCAGGGAAAUGGACGGAGUUUACGUUAAAAGCUUGGAACGUUGUCACGCCCAAACUGUUUAUGAUUACUGGCCCUACAACGAAGGCACCACAGUGGAGAAUGUUGCCAAGGAAAUCGAAGAGCUUCCUUCGGCUGGAGUGUUUUUGACAGACAACGAUAAACUGGUGUCUUGGAUGAUGAGCCAUCCGCCCAAUGGAAUGAGUCGACUUCACACGUUACAAGAAUACCGCCGGCAAGGAUACGCAGCUCUGGUAACUCGGUUCCUUUCUAAACGAGUAGCGCAGUGUGGAUUCGUUCCGUUUGUCAAUGUCGAUACAGAAAACGUAGUUUCGCGAACGUUUUUUGAAAAUAUGACAUUCAAAUUGUUUCGGCCUGUUCACGUUGGAGUUACAGAACCAAGUCAAAUACUCUGAACUUGAAAUCCUCAAAUUUUUUAACCUUACCAUUUUUAGCUAUUUAAUUAUUAUGCGCUCAGAUUUUUUUCCUGUGAUUUUCUGUGGAACUGGUUAUUGGAUAGCUUGGACUUCUUGGUUACCAUGAUCCUUCCAAAAAUGUCAAUGUUGUUUUUAAAUUUUAUUCUAGAGAUGAGCGCCAAGACGUACGGUUUUGUGCCACGUAGGUCUUAUAAAAUGUCGUACGAAAUUUUUACAAUUUUCUAAGAAGAUAGGGUCAUAGAUUAGAUGGAAUUUAACCUGUAUAAACAUAAAUUUCUUGGUAAAAAAAAUACUGAUAACAUUUUCAUAAUAAAAUUUAAGCGUUCUCAACAUUUUCGUGAACUGGCAACAGAAUGGGCGGUCCAAGGUCCUUCCCGUCUCGCCCCACUGGUUUUAUCACUCCCGUUAUUGUGUAUAAGUAUAACAAGCCAAAGGUCGAUUCUCAAGUUUGGUUUUAACUUGUUUUUUAAAGAAAGAUACAACAAGAAUCUUAUCAGGGAGCAAUGCUCUUUAAUCUCCAUGUGAAUUAUUUAAAAAAGUAAUCCUACUGUAGGGAAUUUUGUGUAGACUUGUUGUGUUUAGUUUUUCGGUCACUAGACUCUUGAUUCUGAGAAAGAAAGGAAAUACAUUCCGUUCCUGCUGUUAAAAUAUGGAGCAGCAAAGUCAGGCGAAAAACGACGACGGAUUUUUGACGUUGGCAACUAGAAAAUGUUUGUUUCGUUUGUUAUCUUUUCUGGACAGCCGACUACCGGAAUACUCUGCGAUUCAUUCCUUCGUAUGUGCAGCGCUCUUAACAGCAAAUCCGUCCUCCCAUGUUUAUUUCAGAAAAACUUCGAGUGCGUCUGGAGAUGAGGAAAACUACUCGCUAAUCAUCGGACUUGGUGUCGAAUGUUUUGUCCAACCCAAUCAGCAAACUAAAAAAUGCUGGACUGUUACUGCGUGGACUGACGAUGACGAGAAGCUGGCCAGUGCUUACGAGGCCAUUAAUAUAAUAGACUGGAAUACGGAUGCUGUUAUCAUGCACUAUAAAUUCCACGCGCCACAUCCAGCCAUUGAUAAUUUAGUCAAAAAUAAACACGGAGAAGGAAAGGAUAACAAAUUUUGUUAUCCAGGCGACCAGUAUUUUAUGCCUGUGAAGGACGCAUUAAAUUUCCAAAUAAGCGAAAUAGAUGGUGUCUACGUCAAGAGCUUGGAACGAUGCCACGCACAAAUAGUUUACGACUAUUGGCCCUACAGAGAAAGUACCACGGUCGAAAAUAUAACCAAGGAAAUCGAGCUGCUACCUUCGGCUGGCGUCUUUCUGAAAGGGAACGACCAACUUGUAUCGUGGAUGAUGUGCCAUCCGCCCAAUGGAAUGAGUAGACUCCACACGUUGGAAGAACACCGCCGUCGAGGAUAUGCAGUACUGGUGACGCAAUAUCUGUCAAAACGGGUGGCCCAGUGUGGCUUUGUCCCGUUUGCCAACAUCGUUAUCGAAAACACUGCCUCGUACAAAUUUUUUGAAAGUAUGAAAUUCAAACAUCUCCGUCCAAUACACGUACAGUAUAGUAGAGCAUUGUUACAACAAGUUUUUCACCACCGCGUUCAGCUAUCGCUUUGGCGAAUGCAUUCAUUUUCUGGAGGAAACUUGGCGAUGGAGCAGCAACGACGUCCAGAUGAAAAGGACCAAAUGUUGACGUUAGCAACGAGAAAAUGCUUGUUUCGUUUGUUGUCGUUCCUUGACAGUCGACUACCGGAUUCUUCUGCGAUUCAUUCCUUUGUGCAUGCGGCUCUAAUUACAGCCAAUCCAUCUUAUCAAGUUUACUUUCGGCAGCAGCGAUUUUCGACUACCUCGCCGACCGAUUUGGAAGAGGAUGACUAUUCCCUUAUAAUCGGAAUUAGACUAGAACAUUGUAUGGAUGCCAAUCAGCAAUUGAAGAAAUUUUGGAAUUUAACUGCAUGGACAUUGGAUAAUGAAAAACACGAAAGGGAAAUGGCCAGCGCUUUUGAGGAGCUUAAUAUGAUCGACUGGAACUUGGAUGUUUUUACAAUGCGCUACAAGCAUCAUACUCCGCCUCCCGCCAUAAUGAAUUUUCUUAUCGAGAAACAAGGACCAGGAUUAGAAAACAAACGCAAUAUCCCAUGCAAUCAAUAUUAUUUGCCUAAGGAGGAUGCCCUAAGUAAUAUCAAGGAAAUAGAAGGCGUCUACGUCAAGAGUCUGGAACGAUGUCAUGCACAGACAGUUUAUGAUCAUUGGCCUUACAAAGGGCAUACAACUCUAGAAUAUGUUUCAGAGGAAAUUGAGCAGCUUCCUUCGGCUGGCGUCUUUUUUAAAGGGAGCGACCAACUGGUGUCGUUGAUGAUGUGCUCUCCACCCAACGGAAUGAGUCGAAUUUACACGCUGGAAGAAUACCGUCAUCGAGGAUAUGCAGCUCUCGUAACCAAGUAUCUUUCAAAGCGAGUUGCCCAGUCUGGUUUGGUUCCAUUUGUCAACAUCCAUAUUGAAAACCAAGCGUCGCACAAGUUUUUCGAGAGUGUGGGAUUCAAACUGCUUGGCCCUAUUCACCUUAGGGUGACAUUUCACGAUUCCUAACGAAAUUGGCGCUGGGGUUUGUUACUGUGGUGGGGUUUGGGUCUAAAAGUAAUUACCUGCGGGUUUCGUGCCAAUUUUUACUUUUUCUUGAGAAUGGGUGGGCUAAGUGAAACUUGUUGAGACGAGUUUUUUUUAUCCCGUCCACUGGCCCCACCCCCUAAAUGAUGGGUAGUCAAAGUGUCGUCCGCUUUGGUUUCGUUCCAGUCGUUAAGUUUCAGAAUUAAAAAAGAACUUGUAACUAAAAAGUUUUAUUACUGCUAGUAAAUCUUUUUUAAUAGCAAUUUUGAAGUCAAUACCCUAUUUCCAGCUGUACUUAAUAGUUUACCAAAAUAAAAUUGGUGGAUUUAAUUUAAUUACCUCGGCUAUUUUGUGUGACACUGCCAAAAGGCAUGAUUUUUUUUAAGUUUUAGGACUUAGGAGUUCAGUACCCUCGGAAGAUUACACGUUUAAGCUAUAUAGCGCUUGCAUCAUGAUGCCUGAUAAUUUUAAUAGUGAUCCAUAGUUCAUUUUACUGUUUACUUAGGCCGCUAUUUCGUGAGCGCUAAAAAAAGGCGAUGAUACAACUUGAUCUUCACUCCCCUGUGGUCCCCAAAGCAGGCCAAAGCUGCACGUAAACGUUGACUCUCUGGUGGACUUUCGUUUGAGAUUAUCUUGUAGUCAUGGAGAAGAAAAUUGAACAUCCACGCGAUGACAAGAAGGUUCAAUUAGCAUCCAGAAAAUGCUUGUUCCGUUUAUUGUCUUUUCUGGACCGAAAACUUCCGGAGACUUGUGCUGUAAUUUAAUCGCAUUUUAACUUGCCUAUGUCUAUUCUGAGUUAUUACGAAAUAUUUUAAACUUUUAUUCAGAUUUACGAAAUAUUUUAACUUUUAUUCAGAUUCAUUCGUUCGUAGGUGCAGCUCUAUCAACGGCCAAUCCAUCUUAUCUCGUCUAUUUUAGACGGCAAGAUAUGACUAAUACCGCAUACAUUUCUUCGGAAGACGAAGAAGACUACUCCGUAAUUGUCGGAGUUGCGAAAGAAAACUAUUUAGGAUCCAAUGAAGAAAUUAAGGUAAGGAAAAAUUAUUGUUCCGUAUUGUACAAAACCGACUGUUUCAGAAAAGUUGUUUAAAAUUUGUAUUUGUUUGUAAUUAUAUUAUUUUCACUAAAUAUUACAGAAAUGCUGGACUAUGACCGCAUGGACCGAUAGUGAUGAAAAUCUGGCCGGAGCAUACGAAGCCAUUGAUGAGAUCGACUGGAGGGACGAUGUUAUUGUCAUCCACUAUAAGCAUCACACACUUCACCAAGGACUUGAAAAUUUUCUAGAUAGAGAAAGAGUACAAGGCCAUUGCUAUCCGUGUGAUCAAUAUGUUUUACCAACGAAAGAUGCCUUCAAUCUUCAAAUUGGUGAGAUUCACGGAGUUUACGUUAAAAGCUUGGAACGCUGUCAUGCCCAAUUGGUUUACGAUCAGUGGCCGUACAGAGCGGGCAGCACGGUUGAGAAUGUUGCCAAAGAAAUUGAAGAGCUUCCUUCGGCUGGAGUGUUUUUGAAAGACAACGAUAAACUGGUGUCGUGGAUGAUGUACCAUCUGCCUAACGGAAUGAGUCGACUUCACACGUUACAAGAAUACCGCCGACGAGGAUAUGCAGCACUGGUGACGCAAUAUCUUUCGAAACGAGUAGCGCAGUGUGGAUUUGUUCCCUUUGUCAACGUUCAUCUUGAAAAUAUUGCUUCUUAUACGCUUUUUACUUCGACGAUGGGAUUCCGGAGGCUCUGCUAUGGUCACUGUUAUGUUACAUCUAACUAUCCUUCUUAAUCGCCCAGAUUUAAAUGUAUGUGCAUAGACGACUGAAAGUUUUGAACUUGUGUUCUUCCACUUAAGCGCCAGCAUAAAAUUAAUGGUAGGCCUUUACAGAAAAGGCGCUGUUUGCUGUAAUUGUACGAGAUGUGAAUUUAAAGGGAAAAAAACCGGUUCAAUGUUUGUGUAAA